AAUAAACCUGCAAAUCCAAUCGACUUGUAUAACUGUCAACACGUUGAGGCAGUACGUGGAGUAGAGACAAUUUCCGUACCUUAAGACAAACUGAAGAAUCAGCUUUGAUGACCUAUGACCUACACAUUCACUUCAACAUCUAAGUGACAGCCAUUGUAUACUACUAAUACUUACUGUUGAUUGUUUGCAGGCUGUUAAUAUGGAGAAGAGAAUGCUGAUCUUAUUUGUAUCACUUUUGACUCUCUUCAAUGAUCAGUGUGUCAAUGCUACUUUCGUGACCAUUACAUCGACAGUUGGAGUGGUGGGCAAGAACCCCCAUUAUGUUCAAUGUGACAGCCAUCUCAUUGCUGGAGAACGGUUUGAACACCUUGACAUGAUCGAAAUUGUCAAUGAAACAACAAGAAUAAUAGCUGAAGUUCAUUCAGAUGGUUAUGUUUGGGAUGAAAAAUCUAAGCCUGGCUUCAAAAACAGACCUUUUCUGAUUAAGGUCAUCAACCCUACCUCCUUGCAGGUGUAUUACGUUGAUACUGUGCGCAGCGACGCUAAACUAUACCAAUGCCAGAUGUUUGUUCGUACUCCAAACGAUGAAACGGUGAAGGUUCAUAGUGAGGUUAUUAAAGUAAUUAUAGAAGGCUGAUCUUCUAAUCAACAGCUGGAGUACAUGAUGUGCACGACAAGACUACAAGGUGUGUCAUUCAUAAUGGACAUUUCAUGAAGUUAUGAAAAUUUUGAACCAUUAAUUAAACGAAAUGUUGCUCAUUUUAAUAGGACAUGAGACCUUACAGUCAUCUAUCUUGUUUGUAUUGUUUAGCCACAUAUGUUGAUAUGUUUGACUUAAUAAUUCUGAACAUUGCAUGAAGGAAGAUGUUCCAGCAUUGAGAAUAAAUCAAUCAUAAAAUGUGCAAUAAAAA